CCUAGUGGACUAUGAACGAGCGCUAAAGCACCUUGUAAACACUACUCAAACACAGGACCAGGAAACAUUUUAAGUUUAAUAGAGAAACAGAAACUGCAGUCAGUCAGUAAAAUGGCAGAAGCGAAUAUUUCAUGGGUUCAGGAUCAGUUCAGCUGUUCAAUCUGUCUGGAUCUACUGACGGAUCCAGUGACCAUUCCCUGUGGACACAGUUACUGUAUGAGUUGUAUUACAAACUGCUGGAAUCAGGAUGAUCAUAGACGAGGUUAUAGCUGCCCUCAGUGCAGACAGACCUUCACUACAAGACCUGAUUUAGGGAAGAAUGUGAUGCUUGCUAAUAUGGUGGAGGAACUGAGGAGACUUCAGAUUGAUCGAUCUGCUCCCAGUUAUGCCGGACCUGGAGAUGUGGAGUGUGACGUCUGUACUGGAAGAAAAUGCAAAGCUAUCAAGUCCUGUCUGGUGUGUCUUGAAUCUUACUGUCAAACUCACUUUGAACAACAUGAAGCUUUUCACACAGGGAAGCGACACAAAGUGAUUGAUGUCACAGGAAGACUUCAGGAGAUGAUCUGCUCUCAACAUGAUAAACUCCUCGAGGUUUACUGUCGCACUGAUCAGAGAUGUAUUUGUUUGCUGUGUUUGAUGGAUGAACAUAAAAACCACGAUACUGUAUCAGCUGCAGCAGAGAGAACUGAGAAACAGAGACUAAUGGAGGACAACCAGAGCAAACUCCAGCAGAUAAUCAAGGAGAAAGAGAAGGAGCUUCAGGAUCUAAGAGAGACUGUGACGAUUUACACAAUCUCUGCACAGACAGCAGUGGAGGACAGUGACAGGACCUUUACUGAACUGAUCCGAUCCAUUGAGAGAAGACAAUCUGAUGUGAUACAACUGAUCAGAGAUCAGGAAAAGACUGCAGUGAGUCGAGCUGAAGAACUACUGAAGAAACUGCAGCAGGAGAUUGAUGAUCUGAGAAGGAGAAAUGAUGAGAUGGAAAAACUUUCACAAACAAAAGAUCACAUCUGUUUCCUUCAGAGUGUUCAGUCUGUCUCUUCACCGCAUGCACCUUCAGACAACAUCAUUUUCAGUUCUCUUCUCUCUUUUGAUGAUGUGAGGAAAUCUGUCAUUAAUCUUAAAGAAAAGAUGGAGAAUUUCUGUAAAGAAGAAAUAUCUGAUAAAGUUACAGACAUUGAAAUUAUUCCCAUCAAUGGACCCAAGUCCAGAGCAGAGCUAAUACAAUAUUUUAGUCUGUUCUCUCUGGAUCCAAACACAGCACAUAGAGAUAUCUGUCUGUCUGAGGAGAACAGAGCGGCUACUGACACUUACACAGAGCAGCAGUAUCCUGAUCAUCCAGACAGAUUUGAUGAUUGGUGUCAGGUGUUGUGUAAAGAGAGUUUGUGUGGACGCUGCUACUGGGAGAUCGAGUGGAGUGGGAGUAAAGGUGUGUUUAUAUCAGUGUCUUAUAAGAGCAUCAGCAGGAAGGGAAGAGGCGAUGAGUGCGCAUUUGGAUUAAAUGAUCAGUCCUGGAGUUUUUUCAGCUCUCCCUCUGUAUGCUCAAUCUGUCACAAUAAGAUAAAGACAGAUCUCACUGUAAACUCCAGUUCUUGUAGAAUAGGAGUUUAUGUGGAUCACAGUGCAGGAAUUUUGUCUUUCUACAGCGUCUCUGACAAAAUGACCCUCAUCCACAGAGUCAACACCACAUUCACUCAACCACUUUAUCCUGGGUUUGGUGUUUGUUUAGAAUCAGCUGUCAAACUGUGUGAUCUAUCAGUAUAAAAGAUGCAUGCUUACAUACUGGUUUAUGUAAACAAGUGUCAUCUAAGGCUCAGAGUUUUUCCAACAAUUUAAAAUAUGUUUACUUUCCAUUGUAUGACACUGUAUCACCUUCAUUUUUAACAUUUGCUGAUUGAGUCAUAUUAAUGCUCUCUCUUUUAAUUGUAAAGUCUCCUUACAGUCCUUACAGAUUUUCAAUAAUUUUGUGUAAUGCUUUUCUGUAAACUAUGAUCAUUAAUUUGCAUUAGACAAUUAGAAUCUACCGUGUUGAUCCGUCCUUUUGUUUGUCACCAUUGAUUCACCACUCUCUACUUGUUUGUUGUCAUAAUAAUUCAUUGUUUCUGUUCUGUGAUUGGUUCUGGUCAUGCACAGGUCUUAUCCUGCCUGUUCAUUGUUUGUUGGUCAGUUAUUGUUAUGUCAGGGUUCCUGUUCAUGCUCUGUGUGCCUUUUGGAUUCUUAAUAAAACUUUAUGCUGUAUUUCGAUCUGCAGCCUUGUCUUGUCUGCCU